AUGCCCAUAGCAUGCCGUUGGUGUCAGUACGUCAGUAGUGAUAUCAACGAGAACCAAAGAAAUUGCCCUCCUGUCCCUGGCGCGAGUCGCCCUCGCUUCCCCUCGGCGCGUGUCCCCGCAGGCCGCCCUCAGCCGGCCAGCAAGCAGUGCGGAGGCGCAGAGGCGCCGGAGCAGAGAGCGAAGCGAGCGCUGGUUGCGCGGCGCAGCCACUUGGCGCAGAUUAGGACAUUUAGUGAGCGAAAGGCGAAAGGUGUCGAGGAGGCCCCGCGCCGCGCGAGGAGCGAGGGCCGAGUGACGCCGGAUAUGUUCAAGUCUGAAGCCCAGAUUUACCUUCAGAACGGCUUGGACGGACAACCGCAGCAGCACAACGCCAGCAUGGAGCAAGGAAGCAACGGUAACAGCAGCAACAGCGGAAUGCCGGGGAUGCCGGGCAUGCCGGGCAUGAUGGGAAUGCCCAGCCUGAUGGGAGGCGGCAUGAUGCCCCACGACGCCCGGCUGGCGGACGAGUUCAUGAAACUGCAGCAGGACUUCUUCAAGUGGCAGCAGCAGCUCCUGCAGAACCAGCAUGUGCUGCACAGCCGCGUGGCGCCGCUCGCCACCAACCCGCCGCAGCUGCAGAGUGUCGGGUUAUCACUUACUGUUGGGACCGCCACUUCUGUGAUUCCCGCCCCUGUUAACGGUGCUGCGAGACAUCAUGUCCCAGAACCCCAGCGACGGAGGGAACGGCGGCCAGGGCGUGGCGGAGGCGUACAACCCUGUGAUGGAGGCCCCCCAGGCCCCGCCCCCGCCCCCGCCGCCCCCAGGGAGAGAAUCAUCACCAUUCGGAUGGAGGGAGCCGACGGCGAGACGGAUGAGUCCAAGGUCCCGACGCAGCCGGCGCCGAGAGUGCACCAGAGCCAGGUCGUCCACAACAUCACCAAUGACAUGAGUCGCCUCAACACCGCUGCCCAGCCAAGGGUCAACACCGUGCAGUCAAGGAGAUGGGCUGAAGAACCCAACGUGAGCGUGGGGUCAUGGGUGGAGCGCCCGUCACAGCCCGUGGGCGUUUAUCAGGACCAGGACUACGUCACAUCUGUUCCCCGGUCACAGACUUCCCAGGAUUUCCCUCCUUCAGUCGGCCCUGAAGCACAGCAGCAGGCUUUUUCACGUCCAGCUGAAACCAUGAGUCAGGAAAGGAGGCCCUUCCAGUCUGCACAACCUCAACAGCCGCAGUUUAAUCAGCCACAGCAGCUUCACAACCUGUCCCCGCAGCAGCAACAGCAGUUUGCACAAUUUUUGCAACAGCAGCAGCAGCAACAACAGGAAAAGCAACAGCCUCAAUUUAUGCAGCAGCAGCAGCAAAAACAGCAGCCCCAGUUCAUGCAGCCAGUGCAGAGCAAAUUAAUGCCACAGCAAAAGCAACCCUCCCCGACAUUCAUGCGUCCUCAGCAACAGAAGCAGCCCUCUCCUCCUCUGACGCAGCAGCAGAGACAGCCAUCACCAUUCAUGCAAAACCAGCAGCAGAAACAGCCUUCCCCUCCUUUCAGCCAAGCUCAGCAACAGAAGCAGCCUUCUCCUCCCCCCAUGUACACUCAGCAGCAGAAGCAGCCCUCCCCGCCCUUCAGCCAGGCCCAGCAGCAGAAACAGCCUUCCCCUCCGUUCAUGCAGCAGCAGAAGCAUUCUUCCCCGCAAUACCUGCAGCAGCCAAAGCAGCCUUCCCCUCCCAAGCAGACCCAGCAGGCGGAUGUGCCACAGCCCGAGAGAGCAGCGUUCUGGCGGGAACUGGAAGCCAGGCGCCAGGACUUAGGGUUGCAGAAGGAGCCCGAGAGCCCAGAGCCCACACGCCCUCCGCGCAGGAGCUCCCGCCAAGAGUCCCCUCCGCAGGAUAAUGUAGAGAAACCGUUAACCUACUUCGGACAGCAAGCAGUUGUCCAUGAGCCACCCCAGACGUAUUACUACAACGGAGAAGGAACUCCUGCCAUGUCGAAAGGCAACAGCAAUUUGGCCCAACGACCCAGGGAAGCUGAGAAUGAAUCUGGUCCGCGAUACACCUCUGUGGUGACAUUGUCUUCUGACAAAGGAGAAACAGGCAACGGAGCAGCUGCACCCAGAGACAAGGUCAGGUCAGUAGUUCAGCUGAACAACGAUCAGCGUGGCCAGCCCCGACCUGCCCCCGUCGUGCGUGGAUUCCGGCAACCCUCGCAGCCUCAGUCCCGGUCUUCUGUGUCACCUCCCACGAAUAGCACGGUCCCAGCUCCUCUGCAGGAACCCAUCCCGCAGGCCCCGACGGCUGCAAGACUCGUAGCCGCGCUGUCCCAGCCAGCACCCAAGGCCCCCUCACCCUCGCCCAUGGCGUCCAUGGGCGCCACCCGCGUGUCCCCGCCGAGAACGUCACCCUCCCGUGUUUCUCCUCCUCGCACGUCGCCAUCCCGGGUAAGCCCCCCAUCUGGGCCUGCAUUCCAAAACGUGCAGCUUCGCCCCGUUCCGGUGGCUCGUGGCUCAACUCCACCGGAAGUGGUGCCACCACCUCCUGCCCCGGUGCCUCCCCCUCCACCACCAGCCCCGAGUAAUCAGGCAGGUGGGCCCCCACCUCCUCCCCCACCAGCACCACCCAUGGCUCCUCCGCCCCCACCAGCACCCACAGCUGGCGACGGAGAGAGGCGAACGGCGACUGGGAAGCGUAUCGUAGCGCCCAAGACCGCCCCGGCACUGGAUCCCCGCGAAGAACUCAUGAUGGCCAUCAGGAACCACGGCGGGUCGCGGAACCUGAGGAAGACCCACAACAUGAUUAAUCAUUAAUAUGGAUUUAGCAAAGCUCAAGACAUUGCGGUAUGAUUAACGUGUCCUGCGUCAAUGAAUGAAUAAAUGAGGUCGCAGAGAGUUUCUGGAUGUUUUGUUAUUGCAUUUGUGUCUUUAUUAUAUGACUUUGUUGUGCUAUUGUUUAUCGAUAUACAAAAUGUAUCACUACAAAAAAGGUAUCCAGUACCUUUGUUAAAGGAAUUUUCGUUUAUUCUCCAUAUUGGACUUUUGUAUCUAUGUAUUUCUAGCUUGUGUAGUGCCUUACUCCAGUGAAGCCCAUGCUUUAUGGGCUUUGUAUAGUCUUGUACAGUAUAUAUCAUCAUUAUGUAGAUAAUCUAAGCAUGUUGUAAUCUACUGUCUUAUAAAUAACAUGAUCAUAUGCAGUUCUUCAGCUCAUCUUUAUCAAUCAGGAAAUAAUAACACAUUAACAGUCAGGUUGAUGCCUGCCAGUUUCAAUACUUGUAAGUAAUACUCAGCAAUAUUAUUGGUGCUACCAUCUGCAUAUUUUAUAUACUGCUAAUAUUAUACUCUCGUAUGACAUAAGUGAAAUUUAAUGUAUUUUUUCAGACUAAAAAUUAAAUUCUGUAUGAUGAAUUUCAAGCAGAAGGGAAGAGGCUUCCCUUGUGUAUUAUACAGUAUUUUAGGAAGAUGUGCAGAAGCCUUAAAAAUCUGUCAUUCUGUGCUUUCUUUCUGUAGUAAUGGAAUAACUAAAAGCUGUUUAUGCAUGAUUUUUCUACAUAUAUGUGUCAUAAAGACGGCCAUAACUUCUCAUAUUUCAUGUUUUCUGAUUAAUAGAUCUAUUAAUGAUAAUACCUUAUGCUUGUGUAUCCUUCCUUAUUGUUAUAUAUACUUUUCUUUUGCUUUUGUAAAUAAUGUAGAAGUAUAUUUUCUCCAAUAAACGUUAAUAUUGGAAUCAA